AUGACGACAGUAGACAAGCUCCUCAUUCAAGGAAUCAGGUCAUACGGACCAGAUGACCGUGAUAAGCAGACAAUUCAAUUCGGAUGCCCUCUCACUCUGAUUCUGGGAAAGAAUGGAAGUGGGAAAACUACCAUCAUCGAAUGCUUGCGAAUGAUCACAUCCGGGGCGCUUCCCCCCCAUGCAUCUUCCGGACAAUCCUUCAUCCACGACCCCAGAGCGUCGAACAGGACCAAGACCUCGUCUCUGAUUCGAAUGCGAUUCUCUCGUCUCAACGGAGAGCAAGUAACAGUCAAGCAGACUUUUGAGCUUGCCAACAAGUCGGAACAAAAGCAGCAGUACAGGAAAGUGAGCAGCGAAAUUGAAAUCAAGAGUGCCAACAAGGAAGCUGAGUCCAUGAACAGAAAAUGUGGCGAUGACAAUGUUGUCCCCAUAAUGAUGGGUGUGACAAAAGCACUGUUGCAACAUGUCAUAUUCUGUCAUCAGGAAGAGUCGAACUGGAUUCUUGGGGAUUCAAGGUCCAUCAAAGAGAAAUUCGAUGCGAUAUUUGCUUCGACAAAAUAUGCGAAGGCGCUUGAAUCAAUUAGGAAGACCCAGCAGGAAACAAAAACUGAAUUGAAAGAAAUUCACGAAAGAGUCAACAGGUUACGGACAAACAGAGAUCAUGCAAAGCAACAACGAGAAAAUCUUCAAAAUUAUCAGCAAAGGAGUGAAGAGGGGAAAAGACAGAUUGAAAUGCAUGAAAAGAACUGCAAGAACGCUGAACAAGAGCUGCAAAAUUUGUCCAAUACGAUUGAUGAAUACGCUGACAAAGAAACUCAAGUGAAAAGCUUGGAAGGAAGGCUUGAGACUCUUGAAAAAUUCAAAGCCCAAGCAGAAGCAGACGUGAAACAGGAAUUUACCGAGGAUGUGAAUACAUUGGAAUCGCUCUUGGCAGAUUUGAAGGUCCAAGACCGCGAUUGUCAAGAAUCUUUCGAAAAUCUUGUAAACGAAGAGAACGAUGUGAAAGGCAAGUUGAAUGACUGUCAGGAGAAUAUUUCACGGCUCAAGAAUGACAAAAGCAAUCUCAUUAGAGACAAGCAACUCCUGGAAACGAAAAAAGAGGAAAGGCUCAAAUUCUGUAAGGAUAUCGCAAGUGAAUAUUCACUUGACAAAACAGAUGUGAAUGAAGUGGGGAUUAGUAUAGAAUCGUCGUUUUCUCGUGUAUUUGGAGAUGCUAUCAAUGCACAACAAAGUCAGCAUCAGAUAGAUCUGGAAAAGAAAAAGGCUUACUUCUUGGAGUGUCACAAGAUUAUCAGUCAUCUUCAGUACAAAACAAAAUCGAAUGCAGAUCUUCAGGAUAGAAAGAAAGAGGUAAUGGAUGAUGCUGAAAAACAAAUCAAAAUCCUGAACGAAAAGCAAUCUCUUCUCUCUUCCAAUGACAAAAUGUGGGAAGAACGGGAGGUUGAAAUCACGAAAGUUCAGCAAGAAUUGGAUGAACUCAAGGAAUCAGGUGGCCAAGAACGGUUUACAAGGAGGAUUGAUGAAUUUAGGGGUGAGAAAGAGAACAAGAAGCUUGAAAUGGAACAAAUUGAAGCUGAACUGAAUAGGAGGAGAUGCGAACAUGACGAAUACAUAUCCUGGAAACAUAAGCAACGAGAUUACGAAUCGCGUCUUGCAAAAGCCAAUGAAAUACUUGCCCAAAAUGAUAGAAAAUUUCAAGAAAUAAUGAAGUUUCGCCCCGACCUGGAAUCCCUGCAAAAUGCAAACGACAUCGCGACAUUGUCCCAAGAAAGUAGACGGAACAUGGACAGAAUCAAAAAUGAGAUGUUUCAACAUCAACAAACUCUGGAAACUUCAGAUUCUAAUCUUCGCAAAGUCAGUUCAGAAAUGGAUGAGCUCAAAAAGAGUUGUGAAGACCUAAGAAAUCGAUCUCAAGAAUCUGCUGUCAAGGGAGGAGCAACCCGAGAAUCCAUGCUAGGUUCGGACGUUGAUGCGAACCUAGAAAGAUUGACCAAAAGUUUGAACAAUGAUAAGGAAAUUCUAAAUCAGCAGUGUGUUGCAAAUAGGAGCCUGAAAUCUUUGGUUGAAACUUUUGAAAAAUUUGCUUCUGAACAUCAUAAAUGUCCAAUUUGUGCAAAACAGGUGGAAUCGGAGAGACAGCUGGAAAAGAUAAAAUCAAAAUGCGCAUCGCUACAGGCAGAUGUCACACCCGAAGUCUUGAAAAAACUCGAAGAGCAAAUCAUGGAAGUGGACAAAAAGAUCGGACAUGUCGCGCAUGCAUGCGAGCUUCGGCAAGAACUGAAAGGACUUGAGGCUCAGCUUUUGGAGAAGUCAAAAGAAGCGGAGGAACUUUCUGCAAUCAAAGCUUCUGCCAUCGACUCCCAAGAAGCAUUGACAAAGCGCAAACAAGAGGCAGAGGAGCAUGAUGAGAAGGUAAAUCAAUUGACAAGUAUAUUGGAUGAGAUGGAUCUUAAGUCUCUUGCAAGAAUGAAAUCAGAACUUUCGGAUUCCAAGGUCUCCGAUACUGCUCAGGAUGAUGGUCAAAAUUCUUCAUAUGAAAGCUUGAUUGCCAGAAAGAAAGAAUUACAAGAUGCUUGUAUCGAAUUGGACACAAAGAUAGAUGCUCUAUUCAAAGAGAGAGAGGUGUGCCAAGAGAAAGAGAAUUCUUUGCAGAAGAAAGUAUCGUUAUUCUCAAGUGAAAAGGAAAAAUUCGAUCAGACAAAGUUACAAAAUCAACGUGAACUCGAAGGGUUCAAGAAACAAAAGGAAAACGCCAUCAUAGAAAUCCAGAAGGCACAAAAAGAUCAAGUGCACGAUGAAAAAUUGCUUUCUGAAAAGGAAGCAGAAAAAAAGAACUUACAAAAAGAAAUUGAUUCUCUUCAAAACGAGAACGAUUCUAAGCUUCACUCGAUGAAGGAGAAAUUAUUCCAGUUGAAAUCGUUCGACUCAGAAAUAUAUAAUUCUUCGAGAAGCUCGCUAGACAAGGCAAUUCGUGAUGUGGAAGGAAGAAUUAAAGAGGAAGAGAAAAAGCAGAAGGAACGGGAUGCCGAGGGAAUACGGGGAUGCGAGUCAGAACUACGUAAAAGUGAAUACCAAGAUAUCGAUAAGAUUUAUGCUUUGGAGCUUGUGAAGCUUAAUGCGAAAAGAAUCGCUGAACAAGACUUAGACAAGAGCUACAAAGCAUUAGACAGAGCUCUUGUCAAGUUUCACACGUUAAAGAUGGAGCAGAUCAAUCAGUCUUUGAAAGAGUUCUGGCAGAAUACCUAUCGGGGCGAUGAUAUCGCUUACAUCGAAAUCAAAACGGAUGUCGACGAAUCCAACAAUCGCCGGACUCACAACUAUCGCCUGGUCAUGAAAUGUCUAGAUGCUGUUGAGCUGGAUAUGCGCGGAAGGUGUUCUGCAGGACAGAAGGUCUUAGCCUCCUUGGUCGUCAGGCUUGCACUUGCAGAAACAUUCUGUCACAACUGCGGGAUCCUAGCGUUGGAUGAGCCAACAUCGAACCUAGACGCAAAGAAUAUAGAGGGAUUCACUGAUGCCCUUUCACGGCUGGUGAAUGAACGAAAGGCGGAGUCAGACACAUUUCAGCUGAUUGUGAUCUCGCACGACAUGGAGUUCAUAGAAAACUUGGCCUUCAAGACGGGGACGACACAUUACAUGCGGUUUGUCAUUUUCUUCAUGGUGAACUCCGAGCUCUGA